CCCCCAGUGAUUUAAACAGAAAAUUGACACAAAAGUCGAUCCAAAUACAACUCUGAUAAAGAGCAAGUUCUUGUGGUAAUGAUUUGUUCUUCAGUGUCUUGUCAGUGGUGGAAGAGAUACUCUGGAGCUGCUGCAGUGUGUCUGGGGCUGCUGUGUGUUCUCCUACUGGCUGGGAUCAUAGGCCUGUUUCUCUACCAGAGAAACCAAUUGACCAGUUUCAACACCCUGACUGAAGAGAGAGACCAGCUACAGACCAGUUACAACAUCCUGACCAAAGAGAGAGACCAGCUACAGACAAACUACAACACCCUGACCAAAGAUGGAGACCAGUUACAGACUAGCAACAACACCCUGAUCAAAGAGAGAAACCAGCUUCAGAUAGAGAUAGAACGUCUGACACAUUCUUUAGUUGAGAAAGUGUGUCCGCAAGGAUGGAAGAAGCUUGGUAGCAGUUGUUACUACGUCUCUACUGAGAAAAAAUCCUGGGAGGAGAGCAGACAGGACUGCAGAAAUAGAGGAGCACACCUGGUGGUCAUCAAGAGCCAAGAACAACAGACAUUAGUCAACUGGUUAUGUGGAGUAUAUGGCUAUGUCUGGAUUGGUCUGACUGACUCUGUUUCUGAGGGGACCUGGAAAUGGGUGGACGACACACCACUGACCACAAAGUAUUGGAACAGUAGACAGCCUAAUGGUGGUGGAGCUGAGAACUGUGUGUAUUUCUACUCCUGGUCAUCAGACACAGGAGAAUGGUGGGACUAUUACUGUUACUAUAAAUUCAGAUGGAUCUGUGAGAAAUAGGAUUCAU